AUGCCGGACAGUUCAGAAAAAACACGGGAACAACUGCAAGCAUGUGCAAAAAGGAUGCAUGUUUCAGAAAACCUGGACAAUAUAUUGUGUGAUUUGUUCACUGUUGUCGGAUGGUCCUGUGCCUAUAUUCUACCGAUUGUGUGUGGGGUUGGCUUUCUGGGAACCUUGAUGAUCAUCAUAGUUAUAGUGAGAUCACCACAACAACUCACUCGACAGUUAAUCUAUCUGGUCUGUAUGCUUAUAUCUGGUUUGUUCACAAACAUACUGAUCGCCUGGUUACGUCUGUUCCCAACAAGAGGACUACCAUACGCCACAAACGGAGAGGAGUUCUUCGACAUUAGAUAUGUCAGUCCUGCCUCAUGCACGUUCUUCAGCAUUUUGGCCGAUUUAUCCUUUGCUUCAUAUUCGAAUUUCCUUAUUAUAGCCAGUUUAGAUCGUUUUAUGUCCAUCUAUUUUCCAGUCAAAAUGAUGGGCAUACAUACACGCCAUGCCUGGAUAGCAGCGGGACUAGCCGCAUUGUUCACUCUUCUAACUAUCUUACCAACAUCAGUAAAUACCAGCUGGCUUACUGUAGGUGCAAAGCGUAUCUGUUGGUUUAAAAAAGGUCACACUGCAUCCCUCGUUAUCAAUCAAUUGUUUUCUUUCAUUAUUCCCCCGUUUGCAAUUGUGAUUUUGAACGUGCUUUUCUAUGGACGUAUAAGAAUAGUAUACAGCCGGCGUGGUAAAGUUGGAUGCAACUCUACUGAAUCCCAACAACUCAACGCAUCUCUCACUCUGUUUCUCCUCUCUACCUUCUAUGUGAUUUUCUCAAUGCCAGCAACUAUUCUUGUUUUUAAUGCACUGGCAAAUCUCGGCAAGGCUUCAAAACUCAAUCGUCAAGUUCAGAUAUCCAGAGCUAUUUUGAACCUACUAUGGGAGCUAUUCUUUUUGCGAGAGUUGACCAAUAUUGUCAUAAUAUUCUUUCAGGUUCCAGUUGCACGUUCUUUUGCUCGGGAUAGACUGAUUACAGUGAACAAAUAUUGUGUUCAGUUACGUAAGAAAAUGAAGUUGGCGACUGGCAAGGAAGUUAAUACACUGGAUGGGAAAUCAAAGGAGGAAAAAUCAAUGGAUUAG